AUGGACACAUAUUGGUUUUCGCGUCUGCCGACCGACUAUGAUGUGUGGUUCGGCGAUUCGAUUCCUCCAAAGUCUCGACAAGUUUUGUUGGUCGUCUACCGUAACCCUUAUUGGCGAGUGCCCGGAUUCCCGAUGCAUGUCGAAGUGGGCGUUUCGGACUUUUCACUACCUAACCGACUCUUUUUUUUCAGUACUACGUGACAUCGGAACCGACGACGGUGAAGCAUGUGCCGGAGAUACACGACAAUCAUUAUGCGCAUCGAACUACCACUUUGUUUUGA